AUGUACUCUGCCAUCAAGAUCAUUCUAUUGGCCCUAUUCCCACUCAUCUACGGAGCUCGGAACUUCCCCAUUGUUGACGUCGCAAUAGUAGGAGCCGGAUUAUCCGGCCUAAGCACAGCAAAAGACCUCUCAAACGCCGGCAAGUCCUUUGUGAUAUUCGAAGCUCGAGACCGAGUUGGUGGCCGCGUGCUCAAUACUCAACUACAAAGCAAGGGAAUUGUAGAAGUCGGCGCUCAAUUUCUGGGACCAACUCAGGACAGAGCACUCGACCUGGUACAAUCACUUGGCUUGUCGACUUUCAAAACGUUUGAUUCAGGCAAUACGACCCUUUUCCGAAACGGAACACGCAGCGUAUUCAAUGGAACCUUCACGACCGGAGAUGUGCCUAUUUCGCCCGAAGGCCUGGCCCAGGCAGGACGGGCACUUUUGCUGCUAGAUACGAUGGCGACUGAGCUGGAUGUCAAUGUCCCAUGGAACCACUCUCAAUCUAUCGAGUGGGAUAGUGAGACUGUACAAAGCUGGCUGAAUCGUGAAGCGCCCCAUCCAGAUGCCCAGUUUCUGCUUACACAAGGUCUACAAUCGGUGUUCUCCACUGAGCCUCGAGAACAGUCGCUCUUGUACACGCUUGCGUAUAUCGCGGCUGCGGGUAAUGCAACUACACGUGGAACCUUCGAGCGCCUCGUAGAUGUAGCUGGUGGAGCACAGGAACGACGUAUUGUGGGCGGGACCCAGCUGCUAGCCAUCAGACUUGCCGAGAGAAUCGGACUGAGCAAUAUCAUUUUCAAUGCACCUGUCCAAAACAUUGAGUUAAAAGGUGACACCUACCUUGUCUCCUCGAAUAAUCGAUCCGUCAUAGCAAAACAUGUGGUCAUCGCCAUGUCUCCUCCCUUGGCAUCCCGUAUCACUUAUCAGCCGUUGCUGCCAGCAGCGCGAGAUCACCUUACCCAACGAAUGCCAAUGGGAUCUAUUGGAAAAGCUUUCGCUACAUAUACUACUCCUUUCUGGCGAGAGGCCGGCCUCAACGGACAGGUGGUCAGCGACACUGGGGCCGUACGAAUAACUUUCGAUAGCUCCCCUGAGGAUGGCUCAUCAGGUAUCAUGAUGGGGUUUAUCGAGGCGGACGAAAUGAGAAGACUAGAUCGAUUGCCUGAGCGUGAGAUAACCAAAGAGAUCACCGAGGACCUGGUUCGCUACUUUGGGCCCAAAGCGGCUGAUGUUCAGAGCUGGGUCAUCCAGCGGUGGGAUCUUGAACAGUUUUCUAGGGGAGGGCCUGUGGCGUAUGCCCCUCCGGGUGUGCUCACGGCGUAUGGUACUUCCUUGAAGUCACCGCAUGGUAAACUCCAUUUUGCGGGAACGGAGGCCUCUUCUUUCUGGGUUGGGUUCAUGGACGGCGCAAUUCGAUCGGGGGAACGUGUUGCUACGGAGAUCCUGAUAGACUUGUAG